AUGAUCGGGAUUAUGGCGCUUCAUCGAGACAGCUCCGAUUUUACGACAGAUGAGCGAUAUUACAGUGAUUAUGGAAUCAUGAUCGCUCAGGAGUUUAUCUGCACCCAACGGUUCCGGACCUAUGAGGUAUUUACGAGACUAAGGGCGUUGUUUCGCAUGAAGAUAGAUAGGGGAAUAUAA